CCACCCUUCCAUCGGUGACAGCUGCACUCCAGGAGGUGACACAGGUGAAAAGCCAGCAUCCUGCAGGAUUGGAAAAAAAGAUGGAAGACUUUAACUGGGAUGAUUACUUUGAUGAUUUUAAUUACAGUUCUGGCCUGCCCAGUAUUCCACCAGAUUUUGCCCCGUGCACACUAUACUACAUUGGAAUCAACAUUCAUGUAGUGAUCCUGAUUUAUGUCCUGGUGUUCCUGCUAAGCCUUCUGGGAAACUCCCUGGUGAUGUUGGUCAUUUUAUACAACCGAGUGAACUGCUCUGUCACCGAUGUCUACCUGCUGAACUUAGCCAUGGCUGAUCUGCUCUUUGCCCUGACCUUGCCCAUCUGGGCAGCUUCCAGAACAAAUGGUUGGACCUUUGGCACACCUCUGUGCAAGGUGACCUCAUUCCUGAAAGAAGUCAACUUCUACAGCAGUAUCCUGGUACUGGCUUGUAUCAGUGUGGACCGCUACCUGGCCAUUGUCCAUGCCACACGCACACUGACCCAGAAGCGACACUUAGUCAAGUUUGUAUGCUUGGGCAUGUGGGGACUGUCCCUCAUUCUGUCCCUGCCUGCCUUACUUUUGCGUAAGACCGUCUACAGCCCCAAUUACUACCCAGCCUGCUAUGAGGACAUGGGUGAACAUACAACAAAGUGGCGAUUAGUGUUACGUGUCCUGCCUCAGACCUUCGGCUUCCUCCUGCCCCUGCUGGUCAUGCUGUUCUGCUAUGGAUUCACAAUACGCACGCUGUUUAAUGCUCACAUGGGGCAGAAGCACCGUGCCAUGCGGGUCAUCUUUGCUGUGGUGCUUGUCUUCCUGCUCUGCUGGCUGCCCUACAACCUGGUCCUGUUGGCAGAUACCCUCAUGAGGACUGGAAUGAUUGAAGAGACCUGUGAGCGCCGCAAUGACAUUGACCACGCCAUGGAGGCCACUGAGAUCCUGAGCUUCCUACACUGCUGCCUUAACCCCAUCCUCUACGCCUUCAUUGGCCAAAAGUUUCGCUAUGGAUUCCUCAAGAUCCUGGCCACCUAUGGCCUGGUCAGCAAGGAGUUCUUGGCCAAGGAGAGUAAGCCUUCCUAUGUUGGCUCUUCUUCAGGAAACACUUCCACUACCCUCUAAGAUGGCCUUGCCCUUACGGCCCCUUGGGGUUUCUCCUGGUCUUGGACAUCUCAUUCCAAGCCCCUAGUCCACUGGCUGUUCAUGAUAUCUUGAAUGUAGACCCUCUAUUAAGAUUUUGACAAGGGCCACAUUCUUACCCGGCUCCCAUUGCAUGGUUUAGAAAGCCUGUCCUGACACUCUACCCCGUUGCAUAAUUACUAUACCAAUACAUAGUUGUUUUCUAAGAAUUGUAAUUAGCCAGAUGCCAGUGGCUCAUGUCUGUAAUCCUAGCUACUCAGGAGAUCUGAGAUCUGCAGAUUGCUGU